AGCAAAGCAGCUCAAAGUCACACAACUGACUUUGUAGGCUUCUACGAUGAGAGGGAAAGCUUGAACCAUCAGGACAGCGAGAGUCAACUCUCCUUCCAAGACUGGUGGACAAGGCGGCCAUGGGCGAGGCAAGCGCGACAAAGGGACAAAUACCAGUGCCGCUUUUGUCCUUACACUGCGCGGCAAAAAGGUUGCAUCACCAUUCACGAAAGAAUGCACACAAAGGAGAAACCCUACAGCUGCCUAAUCUGUCACAAAACGUUUGCACGGAAGGGUCAGCUGGACUGCCAUAAAAGAGUGCACACGGGUGAAAAACCGUUCCGGUGCCAGAUCUGUCACCGGCAGUUUUCGGAACGGCGCCGCUUGGUGCGUCACAUGAGGAUCCACACGGGGGAGAGGCCGUAUAGAUGCCAGUUUUGCCAGCAGGCGUUUGCUCAGAGCACCCACCUGUUGGCUCACGAAAAGAUACACACGGGUGAAAGGCCAUUCAAGUGCACCACGUGCGGGAAAACAUACAAAUUGAAGCACAGCUUGAAGCUUCACGAGAGGACCCACACGGGAGAGCAGUCGUACAGGUGCGAAAGCUGUGGAAAGGCAUUCUCGCUGAACCGAUAUUUAACUGAGCAUCGGAAAAGGCGCCACAUGUGAUGGAUACUCAUCACAUGUGGCUUUUCUGAUUCUGUGGUCAAUUGAAUUUAAGAAAAUAAAUGCAGGUAAAGGACAAUUGAAUUUAAUUCCAUUGACCAGAUAUUGCUCAUAUAUAAAUUAUUGAAUUUGUAUUAAUCAAAUCAGUAAGCCGCACUUUCUUGUCGCCAGGUAUUUCAGCACACUGACAACACUGCUUUGGUUCUUGUAAGGAAGGAUGAAUUUGAUGCUAUGCUUUGUGGCAGGUUUAAAAAAGCAGGACGAUCUCCUCCCGUAAAGCCCUCCACUUCAGCAGAGCAAACAUGGAAGGGAGGUGAGUCAACAUCACCUCAAUAAUGCCGUAGCGCAGAUAGAGAUAUCAUCAGCGAAGGCCAAUGCUGAUCACUGAUUGGACAUGACGAUUGCAUCAAUGUUCGUCUCAAACUUGACUCGAAGCCGAGCGCUGACGCACCACUCGUUUCCAAUCUGUUCGGCGUUGGCCUUCGCUGGUGACUCUGGAAUGUCAGAAUCAUGGCCUUGUGUUCUAGGCGUUGUUGGGCGAGUGGAUUUGUCUCCCUCUCUCACUUCCUGUCCGGCAUUUGCUUGGUAGAGUGGGAGUCUGUGCAGGAGGAGUUUAUUUUGCGUUUCUUAAUUUGCAACAGUGCAUAGAUUUUCAUUCCAGAUAUGGACUAGUGGCAUCAUUCAAAAACAGGCAUAUGUUUAUUGACAUCAGUAAAACAAUUACUGUGGUUCCAUAAUCACAAGUUGUUAAAACUUAUUGUGCCAUUAGCCUUAAGGCCCGUUCACACUCUUGCGACCUCUUAAAACUGGGUUCCUUAAAACCUUUUACAAGAAGAGGACACACUGGCACCAUCUAUUGGGUAGGAGUGUAAACUUGGCGGUCCGGCAUAUUUUCUGUUUCUCUUGUGCAUUAUCCUUUCUUGGCUCGAAAAACUUUUGUCAACGUUACAAACGAGCCUUUCUUAUAAGUAUUGCGCACAUUUGACCUCGGAAAUCCCGCAAAACCUUCGCUCUUGUGAAAUGCAGUGCCAGGGUCACCGCAUAGAUGGCGCCAGCGUGCCAGUGUGUUCUCGAAAUUUUAAGAGGUUUUAACAAGUCUCGUCUCUCUCGGGCGUACUCGGUUGCAAGAGUGUGAACAGGCCUUUACAUGUGUCCAACUGCAAAAACCAAGAGUUCUCCACAAAAGUAUGGGUCUGGCAACAGAAGUAAUAAAACAAACUCCGGACAAGGGACAACAUUGUCCCUCGUCCGGAGUUUGUUUUAUUCUUUCUGUUGCCAGUCAUUGUUACCAACAUGCUCUUCACUUAAUGGGUAUGAGUCGUCAGUAAAAUAUCUGGGUAUGUUUUAUAUUUUUUAUGAUGUAUCCUGAAGCGCACACAUCGAUUGCCGGGCCAAGUGCCUUCGAGCAGUGUCCACCUAUCUGGAUUGCAGCUGACACUCAACUGAAAUGGCUUUGAGAUUUAAAGUGUGCGAGGUACUUGAAUUAUUCAAAAAAGCAAACCAGCUGAAAAAGGAAGGAAGGAAAAACAAAAGACAAAAGAAAAAAAGUAUAAGAACUAGUAGAAGAGCAGGAUGAUUUAUUAAAAUGGUCCUCCAGCAGUUGGUUGUCUUCUCUGUUUCUCCCUCCUUGGUUCCACCUGUGAUUUACGAGACAACUUGAAAUGCAGCAUAUGGAGCGAUAUUGGGUCAUUUAGAAACUAGUUUAAAAAUCGUCAUUAUAAAUUUUUUUGCAUUAAAGAUUGGACGGUUUGCUCUACCGAAAUAUUUACCAAUGUUAACAGGCAAACUUUUUCAACUGCAGUCACUUGGAGCUUGUAAAAGAGAGCUUGGUGUAUCGACUAUGAUACCUGAAUUGUUGUACGGGCUGUAUGAAAAGCUGCAUAUUUUCUUUUUUGCUUUCCUUUUUUAUGUGGAUAUUUGUAAUAUAAAAAAAGAAUUAUAACUAGUAUUUCUGCUGUUGGGCCUCACAUACAAGCACUUUUGUGGGCCUGUGUAAGAUUAUGAAUUUUUUGUUGUGCAAUAAAAACAACGACCUUAGUGUCAUUACCAGUGGAAAAGAUGUGUAGAAUGUACUCAUUUAUAUCCAGUGCUGUUCUCAAAACUUUUCAUGUACACCAACACGGUGUUUUGUUGGCAGUGUCCUUUGCAAUGUUUCGUAGGCUAGCCCUUCAUAAAAACAAACUGUUUGUCCAAAUAUUUAUUUUCAAGGUACCCCUGCAAAAUAUUGACAAAUGAUAAAAGAGGCUGCCAUGUAAUAUCUGUUGACAAGUACACGAAUAAAAGAGAAUGCCAA